GGGCUGAACACACGAGUUGUAGCCUCAGCGGUUACUCUGCUGUCAGGAAGGACAGACGCACCCCGUCGCUGAAUCAAAAAGGCAGCUGGCGAUAGUUCCCUCAGCGCAGUGCACAUUUGCACCACAGUCUCCCUGACAUUGAUACUAUGACAUAUCGAAUUUGCAUUGACAUUACGCGCUUUAGCUCUGUUAUCGUUAGCUAGCAGGCUAAUGUCAAGGAAGACAAGGGUAAUGCUAGCUAAUGUCAGCAAUGGAAAGGCGUAGUGUCAUCAUUAGCUCGCAGCCUGCGACAGCCAAGUGGUAUGACAGACGAGACGCUGUUUUUGUAGACUUCUGCGUGGAGGACAGUAAAAAUGUGAUGGUACAUUUUGAAAAGUCAAAAUUUGAUUUUGGCUGUGUCGGGGGUACAGAUAAUAUCCAACAACAGAAUACAGUGGACCUUUUUGAGGAGAUUAACCCCAAAGACUCCAAAUACAGACGAACUGACAGGUCUGUAUUGGUAUGUUUACGAAAAGUAGAGCCUGGUAAGGCAUGGCCGCGACUUACUAAAGACAAGACAAAGUGCAACUGGCUGAGUGUGGACUUUAAUAAUUGGAAAGACUGGGAGGAUGACUCAGACGAGGACUUGUCAAGUUUUGACAAAUUCUCAGAGAUGAUGAAUACAAUGGGAAGGGAUGAUGUACCUGAUUUUGAUGGUGCAGGAGAAGAGCAUGAUUCUGAAAACGGUGAUGAACAAAUGCCUGCCCUUGAGUAAAUACAAAUGGGCGCCACGUCAAUAGAUAUAAAUAAUAUGCGCUAAAAUCAAUGGGGAGAGACCAUUCCUGAGUUGUUGGAGAAGAAACGUCAGCUCCAUGCAAUUUCCAAAGCCGGAUCGCUUAAUGGAGUGACAGGAAGUGACGGUUGAAUACACAGACAUGCACAGAGAUCCAUAGGGACAUAAAGUGCUGCUCUGUUCUGCAUGGACAAUUCUGUUCCACUGAAGAUGUUCUUGUUUGUUAACUUAAAUGACUGUAACGGGAUGUACCUUUUUUGCAAUCACAGAUUACAUAUUGAACAUUGUGAUUUCUAACAAAGAAAUGCUCCAAAUGCCUAUUUUCCAAAAAGUAGAAUUUUUAUUAAUUACCAUUUCCCCCUUUUAAUGUUUGUACUGUGAAAUGCAUUUGUUUUGUUAAUUUAAAAAGCAGGAGUUCUGCUUAAUGUUAUGGAAAUUUUAGUUUUUUGAUAUUUCAGCAUUUAAAAUAAACGCUUCUGCUCAGAAUGUAAAGUUUAUUUUCAGAUUAUGGUACAAACUAAGCAUAUCAUUCUACCUUUAUUAAGUUUCUCUGCCAGAGUGCAAAUCAUUGUAGCAGGUAAACCGAUUACAUGUCUUCCAUUGGCAUACUGACGUUUCCCGAGAGGCGCAUGUGUUGAUCACACAUGUUCAUCUUUUGAUGCUGUGGGGGGUUCGGUUUACAUUUUUAAUGAAUUCUUUGAGACUCUUGAAUUAAAUUUUACAGAAUUGAAACGUAAUUUAUGACAAGGUGAUUAUUCACAUGGGAACGUUUCAUUCUUAAUAGUUGUUGAAAUGUGGUUUGAAAAAAAAUAUCCAUCUUCUUAGAAAAAAAACUUUUGAUUACCCUUCAAGCAAUUUGCUGAGCACAGGGAAAUUACCUCUGCUAUAUUGUCCCACCUGAUCUGUCCAUCUCAUUCGUGUAUUCACUUUGGCUGAAGAGCUUAAGUCUCAUCUGAUUGAAACGCGUUGAAGAAGGAGCUUCUGAAAACCAUUAUGAUUUAAUACUUUUACAGGUAUCUCUAUUUACAAAUGAACUUAUGAUUUAGGACAGACUCUUAUAACUGAACCAAUUCCUGUAGAAGGUAAUACUAUACUUUUUACUGCAUAUGUUUCACAGCAUUGUGCUCAGGAAUCCUCAGUGGAGUGCAGAAAUUCCUUAAAGUGUAGAGUUACUUUUUUGUGUGCUUAUUGUACAGGAUUUUCAUAACAUGGCAACUGCAGCACAUACUUUCUUUGCAAGUAAUGUGCAACGGUGCCACUUUUAAUUUUUGUGAUGCUCAUUGAGACAAAUUAUCUGUAGAGGCCAUACAUUAUUCAAGGUCUCGUUAUAAAGUACUCUAGAAAAUAACCUCAACCAGGUAGAACGUAAUUCCCCCAUGAGGAUGUUUAAUCAGCAUCUUAGAAAUCCAAUGAAGUCCUUCAUCUCGUGGCCUGCAAUACAUGGUGUCACCACUGUGUGGUGAGAAGAGGCCGUACCUUGUGUGAGGUGUUGAGAGGCUGCAUGUUAAGUACACGUCAGCAGUCUGGAGCCAGGGAACAGGCAUCUUUUCAACAUCCUCCACUGUCCAAUUAAGCUGGCUUCAACUUAACAAAAAGGUGGAUUACCAGAGAAGGAAAUAAUUCUCAUCACAAUAGAGGUGUACCAACUGGCAAACAACUGAAUAAACACUUUAAACCCAUCCCCCACAAAUAAUAUAAUGGUGAAAUCCCAAAUGAAACUUGAAACGAGAGUGACCUAAGUCUUUAGGGGGAUCCAAAUAUCUGCUGGCUGUAUUUGUACAUCCUUCAUCCAGCACGACUCUCUGGAGUGUGAUUGCAGAGGAAACUACAUAUAACCACUCUGGACAAGACAAACAUCAUAGAAAGCAGCCGAAACUGUUACUGCCAGCGUUUUCUCUCUAUGCAAUGAAUGGAGAAAAGCAGUGAGCUCAGCAUAAACCUUUCACCGGGCGGCAGGCCGUCCCUCUGACUGCCCUGGUCAGCAUGAUGCUCCAGUGCAGAAGCUCAAUGCCUGGUCUGGUCUCUCCUCUUCCUCUUCGACCGUGGAUUUUCCACCGCUUUAUCCAACCUGAGCCACGGAACCCACCCAUCACGCACACACAAAGUAAAACUGUGCCUAAUCAGUUCUGCUGCCACAUAUCUUAUUUGUACCAAUCCAGAGCACAAGGGGAGACAUUGCUCACGCUUCGGUGAUCCUUGGCGUGAUUAGAGUGAAUGUCAAAGGCAAAAUGUACAGCAUGAGAUAAUAAAAAGGAAAUUGUGGAAAAAUAAUAAGGUGCACCAAUGACGUUAUUCUGUGCUUGAAAGACUUUUAGAGGAAAUCAACUAGCACUCCCACUGCACUCAACUUGUACCUGCACUCAGGUUCUUCCUAGCACACUUUAUUUUUAAUUAAAUCUCAUAGCCUUGUAUUUUGUUUUAUACUGUAGAGUUAAAUUUUAUGUUAUUUGUCUUGUUGUCCAUUGUCUCCUUGUCUUAGUGUCCAAUGUUGUGCACCAACCGCCAUGUCAAAUUCCUUGUUAUAACAUUUUGUGACAAUAAAUGUUCCCGAUUCCUGACAUUCCCACUGGCUUUCUAUUUCCCAGUUUGAAAGCCAGCACAUUUCCUCAAUCAAGCUAAUCAUCCAGUGGUGUUAUGAUGAAUGUUUUUGAAUUAAUGCAUCAACCAAACUGUUGCUGCUCCACCACCCCCAGUAAAACAACACUUGAAAGGCCCAAGCAGAAACUAAAAAU